AUGCCUAGGCAGUACUCCAAGGACGCCAGGACCAGGAACGGAGAGAUGGGGCGUUACUCAGUUAAGCGGUACAAGACCAAGCGGCGGACGAAGGACCUCGACCUGAUCUUUGAGGAUCUUGCGUCGGAGCAGCGCGUAAAUGCCCUGCUGAAGCAGCCGCUCGACGAGACGAAGCCGGGGUUGGGCCAGCACUACUGCAUACACUGCGCCAAGUAUUUCGAGACGCCUGCGGCGCUGAAGACACACCUGAAGGGCAAGGUGCACAAGCGUCGGGUCAAGGAGCUGCGCGGCGUGCCGUACACGCAGGAAGUGGCCAACGCGGCCGCCGGAACGGACGUGGGCCGUUUUAUGGCGCGGGUGGAGCAGAUCAAGACGAGCGUGGGACCACAGAAGGAGCGCAACGAGGCGGCACUAGCAGCGCAGCUAGAGACAGCUCUGGAGAACGCCGCGACGCGCGAGGCGCCGCUGCCGCACUGCGCAAGCGCGGAGGCAGGCUUCAUGGCGGAUGGGGAGGUGGAAAUGAACUAG